AUGUCGACUACAACUCCUGUUGUUCCGGCCGUGAAGGGCAUGAGGAAAAAUGGAAAAAACUGGCAUGAUUCCAAAAAGCCGUUCCGUCCUACCUCGGGCAUGACCUCGUAUGCGAAGAGACUCGAAACACGUAAACAUCAAGAUGCAGUCAAGGAACACGAGAAGGAGCUAAAGGAAGAGAAAGAGGCUGAAAAACAGGCUCAAAUCCAGAAGAUGAAAGAACGCAGGGCGGCCAAGGAGGAAAAGGAACGCUAUGAGAAGAUGGCAGAGAAAAUGCACCGCAAACGAGUAGAGCGUUUGAAGCGGAGGGAGAAGCGCAACAAGCUGCUCAACUCGUAA